AUGACUACUGAACUUUCGAACCCGAACAUAGAAUCGCCACUGGCCGCGGUAGAAGCCGAGCUCUCUUCAAUAAUUGAAACACUGAUACAUCUCGGUGUUCAAGUGCACGAUUUCCAGGGCACAGAGGAGGCCAAAAUUGGGCUUUCGAAUAACAUCAACAAGCUCAUAACUCAGUUGCAGUCGAUUUCGUCGAAAAAAGAUCUGCAGGACAUCUCUAUCCCGCUAGAGAUUGUGAAUUACAUUGAGGACGGACGUAAUCCCGACAUAUACACGCGAGAGUUUGUCGAUGUGGUGCGAAAGAUCAACCAAUAUCUGUUCGGAAAGUCGAUCGCCUUCGAACAAUUUCGAGACAUCUUGAGCGCUAAAAUCAAGUCCGAAUUCCCUGAUCUCGAACAGGAGGUCGAAAGUAUCAGGUCUAAAACCAAUGUAAAGGACGCCUGUUCAUAG